GAAGCCGACACAUCUCCCGGGCCGGGCGUGCGGCAACCAAUCGUGGCACACUUGUGAUCCCAGGCCCACCCGAGAGGCUGGCGGCAGGGGCUGAGGCAGCCACGGCGGGAGUCGCUGCUGAGGCGGCUGCGGGCGCGGGUCGCGUCGGCGCUGCUCCGCGGGGCCGGGCCGGGCUGGCAGCAGCUGGCGCCUGGCGGUGAAGGCGGGCUCCCGGGGCGGGUGGAAUGGCCCCCACCUAGGGCAGUGGGAGAAGCGGCUGAGCGCAGGAUGCUAACGAGGCGGCGCGGCGGCUCCUCACUCAACCCAGAUGUUGAUCAUCUUUCUGAAGUAGAAUCUCCAUGGCCUGAACAUUUUCUGAAAAUUAUUUUGAGCAGAAUAUCUAUUUAAUAACAAGAUAACUACAUCAAGAUGGUUGGAAAACUGAAGCAGAACUUACUAUUGGCAUGUCUGGUUAUUAGUUCUGUGACUGUGUUUUACUUGGGCCAACACGCCAUGGAAUGUCAUCACCGAAUAGAAGAACGUAGCCAGCCCCUCAAAUUGGAGAGCACAAAGACCACUGUGAGAACUGGCCUGGACAUCAAAGUGAAUAAAACCUUUGCCUAUCACAAAGAUAUGCCUUUGAUAUUUAUUGGAGGUGUGCCUCGGAGUGGAACCACACUCAUGAGGGCCAUGCUAGAUGCACACCCUGAUAUUCGCUGUGGAGAGGAAACCAGAGUCAUUCCCCGAAUCCUGGCCUUGAAGCAGAUGUGGUCACGGUCAAGUAAAGAGAAAAUACGCUUGGAUGAGGCUGGUGUUACUGAUGAAGUGCUGGAUUCUGCCAUGCAAGCCUUCUUACUAGAAAUUAUUGUUAAGCAUGGGGAACCAGCCCCUUAUUUAUGUAAUAAAGAUCCUUUUGCCCUGAAAUCCUUAACUUACCUUGCUAGGUUAUUCCCUAAUGCCAAAUUUCUCCUCAUGGUCCGAGAUGGCCGGGCAUCAGUACAUUCAAUGAUUUCUCGGAAAGUUACUAUAGCUGGGUUUGACCUGAAUAGCUAUAGAGACUGUUUGACCAAGUGGAAUCGUGCCAUAGAGACCAUGUAUAAUCAAUGUAUGGAAGUUGGCUAUAAAAAAUGCAUGUUAGUUCACUAUGAACAACUUGUCUUACAUCCUGAACGGUGGAUGAGAACGCUCUUAAAGUUCCUUCAUAUUCCAUGGAACUACUCAGUAUUACAUCAUGAAGAGAUGAUUGGGAAAGCUGGGGGAGUAUCUCUGUCAAAGGGUUCCUGGAAGGUUCAGUCGGUUAAGCAUCUGACUUCAGCUCAGGUCGUGAUCUCGCAGUUUAUGAGUUCAAGCCUGGCGUCCGGCUCUGUGCUGACAGCUUGGGGCCUGGAGCCAGCUUCUGAUUCUGCAUCUCCCUCUCUCUCUCUCUGCCCCUCCACUGUUCACACUCUGUCUCUUUCUGUCAAAAAUAAAUAAACAUUUAAAAAAAAUUUUUUUAAAUAACAUUGUUUUCUCUAGCCUACCUUAUUGUAUCACUUUACAGUAUAAACUACAUAUAAUGUACAAAAUACGUGUUAAUUGACUUUUUAUGUUAUCAGUAACUCUUCCUGUCAACACACUAUUAGUAGUUCAGUUUUGGGGAAGGCCAAAGUUAUACAAGAGGGAUGCCUGGCUGGCUCAGUUGGUAGAGCAUGUAACUCUUUAUCUCAGGAAUCAUGAGUUCAAGUUCCACAUUGGGCAUAGAAAUUACUUAACAAAAGUAAAGAAUUAUACAAGGAUUUUCAAGUGCGUGGACAUCAGCAACCCUAAAUGCCAUGUUGUUCAAGGGUCAGUCUUGUAAAUGUCUUUUCGAUGCCCUGUUGCUACCUUCUCCUUCCUCCCACUCAUUUCAUGUAGGUAUUACCAUUAUGUUAUUGUUUCCAACCACUUGUAUUUUGGGGUCUGUAGGGCAACUUUGUCACCUAAUUUUAUUUUAAAUGUUUUUCAUGGUUUUUUUGCUCUGCUAUCUGGUUUCUUGGUUUUCGUGGAUGAUUUGACAAGUUUUAAAAACCUAUUCUUGUGGUUUCUCAGACUCCCUCUCAUUUUCAGGCCUUGGACUUAGAAUACCUGGGGAGGCACUGCAGGAUUUUGAACAGAGGAGUGACACAAUCUAACUCUCUCUGGUAUAUGUAAUGUAGAUAGACCACAGGAUGUGAAGGAAGAAGCAGGGUAGCUAGUAGAAUAUUGUAGAAAUCUAGGCAAGAGAUAAUGUUGGCUUGGACCAGGGGAGUAGCUGUGGAGUUGAUGAGAAAUGACCAUAUUUGGAUAUAUUU